AUGUUUCUCUUGAACAAUCGGCACAACAAUGCUCAAUGGUUGUAUUUGAUCAGUUUCACGAGACCGUUUUUGGAAGUCUUGGAUGAGUUUAUUGUCGGAUUGGUCAAUAGUUUGUUCAAUGUAUUCAACGCAACGGUGUUUGUGGUCCAUGUCCAAAAGGUGAGAGAUGGUUUGGAAGUCUACAUUCCUGAGGAUAAUCGCAAUUGGACACAGAUUCGACAUGGUGGUAUUAACAAGGAUGCCAUUCACCAAGUUGGACUAUACAGUGCCUCACCAAACUUAGAGGAUGAUCGGGAAGUUUUUUUACGAUUUCAUGAUUAA